AACGUCUUCUAAUCCUUUUCCAAAUAUAGCAAUUGAAGUGGGACUGUCUGUGGUGCUGGGAAGGAGAGGUGGGGGUAAGGCGGCUGCUGCUGAUGGUAGAGCAAGGAACUUAUCCUUUCCUCUGUACAUUUGCCGGAGGCCCUAGCCGGUGUAUUGCUCUAUGGGGCCAAUAGCUGUCUAGGAGUGAACAAGUCCCCGGAUGUCCCUUUGAAGUUGGUGCUGAAAGUGCAUAGGAUUGCAUUGGCGCUGUCCGCGGUGCUGAAAGUGCAUAGGAUUCCAUUGGCGCUGUCCGCGGUGCUGAAAGUGCAUAGGCUUCGAUUGGCGCUGUCCGCGGUGCUGAAGCACAAUCCAGCCAAAUGGGCUUCCAACGCCCAACAUCUCUUCUCCCAACUAACUGACUACAGAGCACUUCUCACUCCCAAGCAGAGCCUCCAACUAACUGACUACAGAGCACUUCUCACUCCCAAGCAGAGCCUCCAACUAACUGACUACAGAGCACUUCUCACUCCCAAGCAGAGCCUCCAACUAACUGACUACAGAGCACUUCUCACUCUUGUUCAUGGCCGUCCCACGCAAGAAAGAAGAAUAUUUAUUGGAUCCUUUGCUGCAUAGCACAGCCUGAUCUAUCCUCUUCUCACUCCCUUACUACAUAAGCUCAUGUCUACUCAUGCCUGUCUCUCUUAAGGCCAAACCCUAGACGGCUUCUUUAAUAUUAUUAUUUCUACCGGGAAUAAAAAGGAGGAGAAUAAAUAGAUAACUUGAAAAGGUUUAUCUUUAAUUUAAUACAGAUCCUAAAAGUCGUAAUGAGAACUUUGUCCUAAAAGCUCCCAAUCAAUAGCUGAGCGACUCCAGAUACAUAGGAUCACCAUGGAGUUCAAGAAGGAGGAAUUCAAGAGACUGGCCGGGGACACCCUGGGGCAGCUGCACAGGAUAUUGGAGAAACGACAGAAAACUGGAGAAACAAUCGAGCUUACAGAAGAAGGGAGGCCUGUGAUAAAAAUUGAGAAACGCCUUCCUGUAGUAGACUGUACAUGUUUUGGACUGCCCCGUCGGUAUAUCAUUGCCAUCAUGAGUGGAUUGGGGUUCUGUAUAUCAUUUGGCAUCAGAUGCAACCUUGGAGUGGCCAUCGUUAGCAUGGUGAAUAAUAACACAGUGUACAAAGGGAACAAGCUGGUUAUGGAGCAAGCACAAUUUAACUGGGAUCCAGAAACAGUUGGAAUGAUACAUGGCUCGUUCUUCUGGGGGUAUAUCGUUACGCAGAUUCCGGGAGGCUACAUCUGUCAAAAAUUUGCAGCCAACAGAGUGUUUGGAUUUGCAAUAGUUGCUACAUCAACGUUAAACAUGUUAAUCCCAUCGGCAGCGAGGGUGCAUUUUGGUUGUGUCAUCUUUGUCAGGAUCCUGCAGGGAUUAGUAGAGGGAGUGACAUACCCAGCGUGCCAUGGAAUCUGGAGCAAGUGGGCACCACCGUUGGAGCGCAGUAGGCUGGCCACAACAGCUUUCUGUGGUUCCUAUGCAGGAGCUGUGGUGGCCAUGCCUUUGGCUGGGGUCCUGGUACAGUAUACAGGAUGGAGCUCAGUGUUCUACGUCUAUGGGAGCUUUGGUAUUUUCUGGUACAUGUUCUGGAUUCUUGUCUCCUAUGAAAGUCCAGCAGAACAUCCCACAAUAUCAGAAGAAGAGCAAAGGUACAUUGAGGAGAGCAUUGGAGAGAGCACAGGUUUCAUGAACCCAUUGGUGAAAUUUAAAGCACCUUGGCGGAAAUUUUUCACCUCUAUGCCAGUGUACGCAAUCAUCGUUGCCAACUUUUGCCGCAGUUGGACAUUCUAUCUCUUGCUCAUUAGCCAGCCGGCCUAUUUUGAGGAAGUGUUUGGCUUUGAGAUCAGUAAGGUUGGUCUUCUCUCUGCACUACCCCACUUGGUAAUGACAAUCAUUGUACCCAUUGGAGGGCAGAUAGCUGACUUUCUGCGUACCAAAAGAAUAAUGUCCACAACCAAUGUCCGUAAAAUGAUGAAUUGUGGAGGUUUUGGUAUGGAGGCCACACUUCUUCUAGUUGUGGGCUAUUCACACUCUAAAGGAGUAGCCAUUUCUUUCCUUGUUCUAGCUGUGGGCUUCAGUGGAUUUGCUAUAUCAGGAUUUAAUGUGAACCAUUUGGACAUCGCACCUCGCUAUGCCAGUAUUCUCAUGGGUAUUUCCAAUGGCGUUGGCACUCUGUCAGGCAUGGUCUGCCCCCUCAUUGUAGGAGCCAUGACAAAACACAAGACUAGAGAAGAGUGGCAAUAUGUCUUCCUGAUUGCAUCCCUUGUUCACUAUGGCGGUGUAAUUUUCUACGGCCUCUUUGCUUCAGGAGAAAAGCAGCCAUGGGCUGAGCCAGAGGAAACCACUGAUGAGAAAUGUGGUUUCAUCAAUGAAGAUGAGCUUGCUGAGGAAAGUGAAGAUCAGCCUCAAGGCUAUGGUGUUGGCUAUGGUAGUUAUGGAGCCACCCAGACCACUAAUUUCUCCAAUGGAGGCUGGCCAGCAGAAUGGGAGAAAAAGGAGGAGUUCAUCCAGGAACAGGGCAAGGACCCCUAUUUAUAUGGGACAGCUGCAGAAAGGGACUUGUCUUGAAAAUAAAAAUAUACAAAUGCCUAAAUAAAAUGACAGCAAUGUCUCAACUUCAACUGAGGAUAAGCGAGAAUCUAACAAAAGGUGACUGGUGUUGCCAAGUCUCCCCACUUCACAUGAUCACGUAGCUUCCUUUUUAUUGUUUUAAUACAUCAAUAUACAGUAUACCAUAAAGGAUUGAAGGCAGUGCCUAUAGUGCCCCCUUCUUCAAAAUUGCAACUUUUUCUGUGAUGUCCAAGGGCCCAUUCUCUUUCUGGUAUCAGUAAUUUGCUUGUUGCUUGUGUAGGUUGUCACAAGGCUUGUGUCUUGAAAAUGUUCAUCACUUUUAUAAGUGUGUAAGCAAUAACGGAUGAGUGUGUUUUAUCAUUGAUAGUGAACACUAAGUUGCAAAUGUAUACUUUCUUGUGAUAUGUUCUUUAUUCAUCCUCGUUAAUGAACCAGUAAUGAAACCAUGGACACUUCCAUGGGCACACACCUCUCCAAGCAAGGCUGCCCAAAUAUUUCUAACAUCGCUUUGUCUCUUCUAUUUAUUUUCUAAAGAGGUUUAAUUAAAGAAAUAUUAUAUAAAUAUAAGUAUAUAUAAUAAUAUAUGAAUUCAAUAUAUAUCUAUAGUAACAUGUCUCCUUGUUGGGAGACAUGGGGUUAUGUACAGUGCCCAUGGCAGGCCCAUUGUUUGUAUGUCUUCAGUCUCCCUGAGUUCUUAUAAGCCAGGGUAAAUAUCACAUUCAUUGAAUGAUCAGUGAAAUACAUUUGCUAACAUGGUGGAUGUUGUCAUUUUCCAGUCUUGGGGCUUAUUUUUGUGAUUGGUGUAAUUGACAAGGCACCUUUUUGUGUACUGUUGUGUGCUUGCAGUAGUGGGUCAAUCCAUGGCAUGCAACAUCAUCCCUUGGACCGACAUAAUGACAAACAUUAAAGACAUCCAUAACUGUCUUGCUAGGUUUUUUUUUUCUCACUUUCCACCCAAGUUAGCAUCCCCAUGUCCAGAGAAUAAGUGCAUUACUUUAAAGUCCUGUAUGUGGCCUCAUAGCACAUUGCAGUAAACUAAGAGUAAAUUGUGCCCUCUGCAAAAGUAAUUUCUUUAUUAAUACAUAGCAAGCAUUUUGGAUUUUCAUGCCAAAGCCCUUUUUGGACUUUUCUGACCUUAUCCAAAGAAGACAGCUGUCAACCUGUAAUACCCUGUAAGGCCCCCCGUUUCCAGACACAGCAUUUACAUCAGCAUUAAAGCUGUUGAUAACACAAAUCACUUUAAGGAUCUGUCUGGACAUUAGGGGGGCCUUGCUGUUGGCUUCAUUUUUGUCGUUGUCAGCCAAACCCAGUACACUGUAUACAUGAAACCUACAUCAGAGGGAAAACUGGGGCUGAAGAUGGAUAAGUUCUCUGGGAGGGGUAAUGGUAUUGAAGUUAAAAUUAAUUACUUUAAUAUGUGCAGUAACUGUACAUAAUAAAAUAUAUUCCAGUUCACAA